UCCGCGCGCGGCUCCCCCGGCCGGAAGUGGAGAGGAACUGUCGCGGGCUGCGCCCGGCCCGGCUCACCGCCUGGCAGUCCCCGCUGUCGCCGCCGCCCUCGGCUUCUGCCGAGGCUUUCCGCAGCCGCCAUGUCCGCCAGUGCCGUCUACGUGCUGGACCUGAAGGGCAAGGUGCUCAUCUGCCGGAACUACCGUGGCGACGUGGACAUGUCAGAGGUGGAGCACUUCAUGCCCAUCCUGAUGGAGAAGGAGGAGGAGGGCAUGCUGUCGCCCAUCCUGGCCCACGGGGGCGUCCGCUUCAUGUGGAUCAAGCACAACAACCUGUAUCUGGUCGCCACCUCCAAGAAGAACGCGUGCGUGUCGCUGGUGUUCUCCUUCCUCUAUAAGGUGGUGCAGGUAUUUUCAGAAUACUUCAAGGAGCUGGAGGAGGAGAGCAUUCGAGACAACUUCGUCAUCAUCUACGAGCUGCUGGACGAGCUCAUGGACUUCGGCUACCCCCAGACCACAGACAGCAAGAUCCUGCAGGAGUACAUCACCCAGGAAGGCCACAAGCUGGAAACAGGGGCCCCGCGGCCCCCGGCCACUGUCACCAACGCAGUGUCCUGGCGCUCGGAGGGCAUCAAGUACCGGAAGAACGAGGUGUUCUUGGAUGUCAUUGAGUCCGUCAAUCUCCUGGUCAGUGCCAACGGGAACGUCCUGCGCAGUGAGAUCGUAGGCUCCAUCAAGAUGCGCGUCUUCCUGUCCGGCAUGCCCGAGCUGCGCCUGGGCCUCAACGACAAGGUCCUCUUCGACAACACGGGCCGUGGCAAAAGCAAGUCCGUGGAGCUGGAGGACGUGAAGUUCCACCAGUGCGUGCGGCUCUCACGCUUUGAGAAUGACCGCACCAUCUCCUUCAUCCCGCCUGACGGCGAGUUCGAGCUCAUGUCCUACCGUCUCAACACACACGUCAAGCCCUUGAUCUGGAUCGAGUCCGUGAUUGAAAAGCAUUCCCACAGCCGCAUCGAGUACAUGAUCAAGGCCAAGAGCCAGUUCAAGCGGCGAUCAACAGCCAACAAUGUGGAAAUCCACAUCCCUGUGCCCAACGAUGCCGACUCACCCAAGUUCAAGACGACAGUGGGGAGCGUCAAGUGGGUGCCCGAGAACAGUGAGAUCGUGUGGUCCAUCAAGUCCUUCCCGGGCGGCAAGGAGUACCUGAUGCGGGCCCACUUUGGCCUGCCCAGCGUGGAGGCAGAGGACAAGGAGGGCAAGCCCCCAAUCAGCGUCAAGUUCGAGAUCCCCUACUUCACUACCUCUGGCAUCCAGGUGCGCUACCUGAAGAUCAUCGAGAAGAGUGGCUACCAGGCGUUACCGUGGGUCCGUUACAUCACUCAGAACGGAGAUUACCAGCUCCGGACCCAGUGAGCAGCCGUGGUGGCCCCCCCUCCCAGCCCGGGGGCUCCCGGUGGAAGCGCCUGCCCAGCCUGCCGGAGGGAGGGGCUCCCCUGGACCCCGGCGCCCCUCCAGGCUCCACCCAGGAGCCCCUCCUCCCAGGUGCACCUGCUCUGCCGCCGCCACUCUCACCUCCCAAGUCCCCUUUUCCCAGAAGAGGCUCGUCUUUAAGAGGUCUUGCCUCUCCGUCCCUGAGUCAGUUUAGGGGGAAGGAAAGGCAUCUUUCCCUCCAGAGGUCAAAUACAGCCUUCUGUGCUGUUCAGCUCCCGGUCACAGAAAGAGUGGGAAGCACUGCCCAGACCGCUCUCUGGCCAGGCUGGCAGGGCCGCUGUCGUGCUGCCAUUCUGUUGGACGCUGUGGGUUUAUCGAGCAUUCCUACAUUUUGUCUCCGGCCGUUGCUGUGUACGUGAUCCUCGCUGUCUGUGCCUCGCUCCCCCGUCCUGAAGCUCUCAGGCAGCACUUAGCGAGGACAGGCUUCCCCUUCCUCGCCCUCCUCCCCAGUGAGGCUGACACCGGUUCGCCCUCCCAGCACCUGGCAUUUCGACUAGAGGCUCCUGGUCUGGAGCUUUGAAUAGAGACGCCUUCUCAGGGCCAGCCCGUGCCACAUGAUGCUGUCACCCAGCCACAUCAGUGUUUGUCCCACCAGGGGAAGAGGGGUCCAGCGCAGGCCCCCAGCCUCAGAGGGUGGGGGUCCCAGGCCAUCCCCAUCUGUGCUUGGACACCGCCGCCCCCAACCCUGUCCAUGUUCGUGCCAUGAGUACAUUAAACUCCAUCGGUUAA